CAUUAUAAUAUCAAUUUAAAAUAUUUAGAUGUGUGUUCCCCAAGCUGAGCGUGAUGUGGGAAUGCAUGUGUUGAGAGUUUUCAGACUACAAACGAAACUUAAAAGCAAACUUUCUGUAAUGAAAACCUGUCUAUUUACAGUUUCCUCUGGGUUGCGCUGCUAUUUGUAAGGUUUCAUCACCUUCCCAUCGGGACCAUGUGGUUAGGGGUCACUGGUAACUACUACAGGUCGUACACUAACGAAGAAGUCGGUUUUAGUUGUGUUAUAUUUUGCCCUGUGGUUCACUAUUAUAUUUUUUAUUUCUGUAGAACAUCACCUGGGUGUGACGUUAGGGUUUAAAAAAAAAAAAAGUUUGGUUUCACAUUCACGCUACUGCUGUCAGACGCUCCCCCCACGUGAGGCGCAUCAUGGCCGCCGGUUGAGUGACUGUACGGACCUCGACUGGACUCCUGAGGAAACUUUUCACCCUUUUUCUGUUUUAUCAACGUAAUGUCCACAUACAGUAACUUUAAUGCGAAGCUUCAGACACAGGACGCCACCUAACCGCAGAUAUGGGAUAACUGCCGUCGUUAACAGGGCAGACUUAAGGGAUAUUGUGUUGCUCGUCGUCCACACACACAGACAUGUCCAGCUGUAAAGCCAGCGGCGUCCGGCCGGAGGAAUGUUCCAGCAGCAGCAGCGGCAGCAGCAGGGUCCUGGUCCCCCGCAGGAGACAUGACAGGAGCCUGUUCAGCCUGGCCAGCGAGGAGGACGACGAGGGCGCCCAGUUUGACACUUCUGACACGGAUAAUCACCGUGAGCUGCUGAUGGCUGGGAAGCAUUACCCAUCCGUUCAAGAGUUUGCCUCAGCGAUCCCCAACCAUCUUCUCCUGGGCUCUCUGUUGGAGCACUUGUGCUUCGUCUAUGAGACUAACCCAACACGGUCUCGCAUGCUGUUUAAAGCCAUUGGCCAACGUUUAGCUGCCAUGAACCUUCUCUCCCCGUUGGCCAUCAGUGAUGAGUUCAGCACUGUCAGACUCCAGCACAACCGGGCUUUUACUGAGCUGCUACAUGCUGCCAAUGCCUCUCUGUUUCCACAGAGCCAACCACUUCUUAACACAGAUGCACAGGGCCUUGCUGUAAGACCUAAAGAGGGGCUAUUUCAAGCACAGACGUCACGAUACCUAAGUGAGUUCGAGGAAAUCUCUAGACUUGGAAAAGGAUCCUAUGGAAAAGUGUUUAAGGUCAUAAACAAGCUGGAUGGCCAGAAUUAUGCUGUGAAGAAAAUUCUCAUCAAAAAUGUCUCAAGGGACGAUUGUGUGAAGGUCCUCCGGGAGGUCAAAGUGUUGUCCAGCCUGCAGCAUGUAAACGUCGUGGGCUAUCACACUGCUUGGAUGGAGCAUGUCCAACCUGCAGCACACCCCCAGUCUCACCUGCCAGCGCUGGAAUCAACGACACAGCAAAACAGCACUGAUGAAAGCCCUGACUGCAGCAGCACCGGCUCCUCAAUCGUCUUUCAAAGCACCAAUCAUGGACAGCCAGAUGCUGCUUCAAGUGCCAAAGUACUACCACAAGAAACCGAUGCUCUCCAAGCCUUAGUCCCGAACCAAGGGAAGGGACAGGUGGUCUGUCCCAAGACGAUGCGCCGCAUCCCAGAGAACUACGUCCCCUGUGUGUUCCUGGGUCAGCCCGGUCCCACCAAGAGCUCUAAAUGUCCCGCUGUGAACUGGGACAGCUCGGCACUGCUGGAGGAUGACUCCAGCAAAAGAAACAUGGAGCUGAACAACAACGUCUGCACUGCUGAAAAUCAGAAGUGGGCUGACAAACGCAUACCAAAGCCAUCGAAAGAGGUGCACUUCCACCUGAUGCUCUACAUCCAGAUGCAGCUGUGUGAGCUCUCACUGAAGGACUGGAUCUCUGAGAGGAACGCUCUGCCCAAAGACGAACAUGCCUCUAGAUGUCCGUACAGGUGUGUAAACAUGGAGCACACUCUCAGUCUGCUGAGAAAAACACUGGAAGGGGUGGAGUACAUUCACUCAAGGGGAAUCAUGCACAGAGAUUUGAAGCCUAGGAACAUUUUCCUCCAAGGACAUGACUGCCAUGUUAGGAUUGGAGACUUUGGCUUGGCGUGCAGAGAUAUAAUAGCAGAUGAUCAUGACGCCGCUAUGUCAGAGAACGGCUCCUCACAUACUACAGGCGUUGGGACGUUUGUGUACGCUGCUCCUGAGCAGUUGGAGGCCUCUCACUAUGAUUCAAAGUCAGACAUGUACAGCAUAGGAGUGAUCGCUUUGGAGCUUUUCCAGCCCUUUGGGACGGAGAUGGAGCGAGUGCGGACCCUUGGGGACCUGCGAGAGGGGAAGAUCCCAGACUCCUUCUGCCUCAGAUGGCCCAUCCUGGCCAAGCAUGUCAUGAAGCUUACAAGCAAAGACCCCAGUGUCCGACCCACAGCCACCCAGCUGCUACAGAGUGACCUCUUCAGCAGUAAAGACAUGGUUAUCCGUGGUUUGCAGAAGAGGGUUGAAGAGCAGGAAGAGGAGAUCAUUCAACUCAGGAGGCAGAUCAGUCAGCUUCAGUGCUCACAGACUUGGGAUGUGUGCUCCGAGUCUGACAAGACCUGAUCAAGACAAUCACACAACACUAAAGAGACUGUCAAAGCUUGUUAUUUUUAGUCUGUACCAUAGGUGAUUACAUUUGAGUGACCUGAAUGAAUUACUGCAUUUGAGUGACAAAAUGUGUUUGAUCAUAUGAAUGUGACCUCUGCACCCAGAAGUAAGAGUGCAACUAUUUAAAUUUAACCUGUACAAUAAAAUGUAUUUAUACUAUA